AUGCAUUUCCCAUUCAAAACCAAGAACCACCUCAAACGAUUCUCAAACAACACUUCCACCGAUCCUCACCUCCGAACCACUACCUUUCACGGCGGAGAUCCUAUUUCAGGGCCUUCUCUCAAGGUAAAAUGGAAAAGCUCCCUCUGUCUCUUGAAAGAUCGCAUCCACAAAGCUCAUCAGACAACGCCUUUCUUUGCAGUAUCCCAUACGUGGCCAGGCACUGACGUUGCACUAUAUGGAAGCGAAACAUGCAGCUAUCAGCACCACCACAGGAACCACGACCUGGACCUACAUCAAUGCGAAAAACUCACAAAGAGAAUGUCCAGUAAGAAAGAAAAUGUAAAAUGGCUCUCAAAAUCGAUCUCCAAAAGGCUAAGUUCACACUUCAACCGUACCAUUAAGAGCAAGAAAUCCCGAAAGAUCUCCACCAGCAAUGGUUCCAGCUUGGACUGGUGA